AUGAUUUGGCGAGCUGCCGGAAUGAGGCGGCUGCUGGGGUCGUCGGUAGGCGGUGCACGCGUGGGCGUGGCGCUGCUGUUCGUCGCACUCGUCGUCGCAUGGACCGUCGCAUACUUCGCGACGGCGCACUUCACGCUGCUCACUUCGCCGUCCGCCUUCGCACUGCUCCCAGUCAGCAAUGCGACCUCCCGUGCAUGGCUUCAGCGGCUGCAAAGCAGCCUCUCCGUGCAACCGCAGCAGGGGCAACCGCCACAGCCACAGAAACAGAAGGAGCCACAGGAGAAUGGGCAACAGGGUGAACAGCAGGAGCAGGGACGGCAGGGGCAGCACAAGGACCAGAGCGCCGGCCGGCAGGACGGCGACAAGCGGGACAAGCGGGAACAGAAAUUCGCGAAGCAGAACGAAACGACGUCGCACGCUUCUGGAUACGAACUUUUAACGCAGGAGCAGCAGCACGUGGGGAAACAGGCAGACGGGACGAGCUGGACGCUGUUCAAAGCUCAACAAGACAAGGCCUCAGAACAGCAGCAGCCGCAGCACGUGGGGAAACAGGUUGACGGGUCGAAAUUGACGCUGUUCAAAGCUCAGCAGGACAAGGCCUCAGAACAGCAGCGACAGGCCGCACCAGGCGUGCCGCCUCCUCCUGCUGCCACAGCCGCUGCUGCACGCGGUAAUGCUGCAAGUGGUGCCAGUGGUGACACUGCGACUGGCAAUACUACUGCCGAUGCCGAGGCACCCGUGACUGUGACUGCGGCCAAUGACGGUCCGGUUGCCAUCUGCCUCGUGGGCGGCGCUCGGGACUUCGAGGCCACGUGGCCGUCCAUCCUGCGCCACGUCAUCAGCCGCUAUCCGCCAGCUCACCUCUUCCUGCACUCGCCGCUGGACGAGCGCGCCAGCAAGCUGUGGGCGCUGCUGCUCGCCGCCCCUGCUACUCCCCCCAACACCACCGCCGCCUCCUCUGCUGCUAAUUCUGCUGCUGGUGCCGCCAGCAACAGCACAGAGGGUGCGGUGAGCAUAGCGGCGGUGCGCAUCUUCCCCAGUGCGGACAUCGCAGAGACGGAUGAGCACCGCGCGGUGCUCACCAGUAACGGCUCGCCACAUGGCAUCCAGGGUCUGCUGCAUUAUUUUCGUCUCGUGGAGGGCUGUAUCGAUCUCAUAUCCACCCACCAGCAGCAGCACAACAUCUCCUACCGCUGGGUCAUUCGCACGAGAGUGGAUGGCUACUGGACCGCACCCCCUCCCCUUCUCACCGCUCUCCACCCCUCCGCCUACACCAUCCCCUUCGGGUUCGACUGGGGGGGCCUCAACGACCGCCUCGGGAUUGGCUCCUGGGCGGCCUCUCAAGUGGCUCUCAGGCGUUUAUCCGCGUUACAAGACCUGUUCAGUGCUGGGUACAGGGCGCUGACGUCCGAGAAGGCGUUUCGGGCGCAGAUGGAGGUUGGAGGGGUGGUGGUGACGCGGAAGCAUUUCCAUUUCUGUGUGGUGACGCGGAGGCGGUCGAGAGGGGGUGAUGGGUGUGCUGCCAUGAUGUUUUCUACUGCCACCUAUGGGCCGCUGAAUGGGGCCAAGUGCCGGCCCUGCUCCUCCCCAUGUGCCGCUGAUGAUCAGGCGGCGGCGCUAAUCAACGCCGUGCGCGCUGCGGGCGGCAUGUACCGCCACCCGCUGCCGCCCGGGCUGCAGCUGUGCGACGCGAAGCAGGCGUGGGAGGGCGCGUGGGAGCGGCAGUUUGAUCGCGAUGUGGAGAAACAGCGCGGGGGGAAGACACUCAGCUGGCAGCGCCGCAACAUUGGGCGGGUUGCUGCCAGCCUCGCACACUGCACGGAGCAGUUUGAAAAGCUGAAGGCCAUGAGUGUGACGUGGGAGUCGCCUCCCCCAGUGGCGGUGUGCAUCCGGGCGCAACUGGGGGAGGUAGAGCUGCUGGGCAGCAAGACGGGGCAGUUCAACACCUUCACUUCGCUGCUCACUAGCAAAAGCUAG